ACUCCUCAAUCCCUAACUUUUCCAAAUCCCCCAUAUAUUUAUCGCUUUGAUUCCUCCUAAAACCCUAUAAUGUUACUGCACAAACCCACUUCCAAAACCCUCAGAAAGCUACUCUUCCCCUAUCAAAAUCCAAUCUUUUCUUGUUUGUACCAACCCCAAAACCCUGCUUACAUUUACACCCAGAAAGCCAACUAUGUUAAUGUCUACAUGAAAUGGAAGAAAGACUCUUACUUUGACACCAUUGAGCACAUUGACAAGUCCAUAGUGCUAAAACCCAUCAUAAACCUCAAGAACUGUAUUACUGAGGAUCCCAAUGGGUGUAUCCCAAUCUAUCGAGUGUCCAAAAGGGGUUUUGCAUUAGAUGUACCCAUGAAGGUUGCCAAGUUUUUGAGGAAAUACCCGUCAAUUUUUGAGGAGUUUUCUGGGGAAUACAAUUAUCCCUGGUUCAAAUUGACCCCAGAAGCAGCUGAGAUUGAUAGGGAGGAGAAGAGGGUUUAUGAGGAUUGUAGGGAGGAUUUGAGGGAUAGGCUGAAAAAGUUGAUCUUGAUGAGUAAAGAGAAGGUUUUGCCUUUGAAAAUUAUUCAGGGGAUGGAGUGGUAUUUGGGUUUGCCUGAUGAUUUUUUGCAUUACACGGAAAAGAAUCUGGAUCGGUCUUUUCGGUUUGUGACGAUGGAAGAUGGGUUAGAGGGAUUAGCUGUUGACAGUGGUGAAAAGGUCUUGUCUGUGGUGCAAAGGAAUGCAAUGAAAAAUGGGGUGUAUUCUGGAGGCUCAAUGGAGGCAGUUGAGUUUCCGUGUUUCCCUUCCAAUGGUCUGAGGUUGAGACACAAGAUUAAAGAUUGGUUAGAGGAGUUUCAGAAACUUCCCUAUGUUUCACCUUAUGAGGAUUCUUCACACUUGCAGCCAGAUUCUGAUGAAUGUGAGAAACGAGUUGUGGGGCUUCUUCAUGAGUUGCUUAGUCUAUUUGUUGAGCAUUCAGCAGAGAGGAAGAAGCUCUUUUGUCUUAAGAAGUAUAUGGGACUUCCACAGAAAGUGCACAGAGCAUUUGAGAGACAUCCCGAGAUUUUCUAUUUGUCUCAUAAGAACAAGACUUGUACGGCAAUUCUUAAAGAGGCUUACUGUGAUGAGUCUGCUAUUGAGAAGCAUCCACUGUUGGCAGUGAGAAAGAAGUAUAUUAGGUUGAUGAGGGAGUCAGCAGUGAUCUUGAAGAAUAGGAGAGUGAAUGGCCGUUUAGCUGGUGGUGGGAAUAUGGAGCUGGAUUUGGAUUUGGAACAUAAAUGUGAGGACAGAGGAGGUGGAGAGAAUACGAAGGUGGACUUGGAUUUGGAGUCUGAGAAUGUAGACAAUAGAGAUGGAGAGUGUUCUCAGUAACUGGUUUUCCACAUAUAUGCUGUUCAUUGGAAUUUAAUAUUGCAAGGUCUAUAGCAUAGGAACCCUGAAAGUUUAGGCACAAGGUCUAUAGCUGGAAUGCCGGUGGUGGGUUUAGGCACAAGGAACCCUGAAAGUUUACUGCUAGAUGCUGGAGCUUCCUUUGUUAUUAAAGAUUUUGGUGACCCAAAAUUGUGGGAGGCACUGGAAGAGUUGGAGAAGAGAGCAGUGAAACAGUGAGUAAACAAUGAAAGUAAAUUUCUAGUUUGACCUCUGCUUCUGUA